UUCCAAUCCCCUCCCAAUCAUGUGAUUCAGGUGUUCCAAUCCCCUCCCAAUCAUGUGAUUCAGGUGUUCCAAUCCCCUCCAUGGCCACAGGUGUAUACAAUCACGCCCCUAGGCAUGCAGACUGCUUCUACAAACAUUGGGAAAGAAUGGGUCGCUCUCAGGAGCUCAGUGACUCCAAGCGUGGUCCCGUGAUAGGUGGCCACCUGGGCAAUAAGUCCAUCCGUGACAUUUCCUGGCUACUAAAUAUUCCACACUCAACUGUUAGUGGGAUUAUAACAAAGUGGAAGCAACUGGGAACAACAGCAACUCAGCCA